AUGAAAAAAGGAAGAGCUUUAGAAGCUCCUUCCAAUAAGGGACCAGACGAAGAGGAGGACAUGCUCCCUGGAAGAUCACAAUUUCGAUCCAGAGGUCGCGGUCCUCGAAGAGAAUUCGUCAUUCUACCACCCAGUAUAGUUCAAAGUUUCACUUGGGCAACUUGGAAGUACUAUCCACCUUUGCAGCUGUGUGAACGCAUUUUUCCAUUCGCAAGCGAAUUGAUGAUUCACAUUUCGGUUAUCGUCCAGCUGUAUCACCCUUUCGAGGCCUAG